AUGAGCAGAUGUGCAACGGAUGUGUCACGAAACGACAGUAUCACGUCCAAGGACUGGGAACCACUUUACCAAAGAUUAAGUAGUUGUCUGAGUUCUAACGAGUCCGGCUACGACAGCGACGGCGGGGUGGGCGGCAUUGGAGGGGUCCGGCCGGGCAAUAAUCUGAGCCUCUCCGGCGGAGAUACGGAAUCUAUUGCCUCGGGCACCCUUAAGCGCAACUCUCUAAUCUCGCUCAGCUCCUCGGAGGGCGUCGGAAUGGGAAUGACCGCAGGAUCGGGUAUCCGGAACAGCAGCAUCUGCAGUGCGCCCGUGUCCCUGGGCGGCUACAACUACGACUACGAGACGGAGACGAUACGCCGCCGAUUCCGGCAGCUGAAGCUAGAGCGCAAGUGCCAGGAGGACUACACCGGCAUCGUCCUCUCGCCCAAGACGGUGAUGACCAACAGCAACGAGCAGCAGGACGGUCGGCUUCGGCUGGGCGAUGAGAUUGUGAAUGUGAACGGAAAACAUUUGCGGGGCCUCCAGUCCUUUGCCGAGGUACAGCGCCUGCUGAGCAUCUUCGUGGACAACUGCAUCGACCUGGUUCUAACACCGACACCGCUCUUUAACAGCAGCAGCAGCAGCUGCUCCUCCUCACCUAACCACCACCACCAGUCGAGCGAUAAUCCCGACGAGAACGUGUCAUACACGCCCGUCUACGCGAAUCGAGCGGCGAGCGUGUGCGUGGCCUCAUCGCUGGCGGACGACGAGAAGUGGACGCUGCUGGCCCGCAAGCGGUGCUCGGAGGGCGCCGCCCUGCCGCUACCCGGGUCGCCCGGUGGCCCCCAGCAGCAGUUUGGCCAGCGCACCCACUACGCCCGCAACUCCAUUAACUUGGCCAACUCGCACUACCGCUCGUUGCGGUUCGCUCAUUCGCGGCUCAGCUCCUCACGGCUGAGCCUGUUCAUGCAAACGCCACCUAACAAUCUAACCGAGGGAGUGGGAGCACCCUCUAGCCCCCAAACAACUGAAACAACUGAUCUCACUAAUAACCAGACGCAGCAGCAGCCGCAGCAACAUCCACAACAACAACACCACCAAUCACUAUACAUCAAGCACUCGCCAAAGAGCGUCUCACUAUCCUCGCCUAAUCCAUAUGUUACUGCCUCAUCUCCACCAGCCUCGGCAUCAGCGGCAGGAUUGGGAACAGUAGUAGUCAAUACCGGAUCAUCUCUGGCACCUCCUGCCGCCGCACUAAUGCAUCAUCGCCCAUCGCUGCCGGUGGCCAAGCUAACCAUUCGCGACGAGGAAAUGGUCGAGGUCAUCCGAGCCUCCAUGAGCGAGGGCAGUGGACGCUGUACUCCGAAGACCAUUACAUUCUUCAAGGGUCCGGGGCUGAAGUCCCUGGGCUUCAGCAUUGUGGGAGGACGCGACUCGCCCAAGGGGAAUAUGGGCAUCUUUGUGAAGACAGUGUUUCCAUCGGGACAGGCUGCAGAUGAUGGCACCUUGCAAGCGGGCGAUGAGAUCGUGGAGAUCAAUGGCAACUCUGUGCAGGGCAUGAGUCACGCCGAAACCAUAGGGCUAUUCAAGAAUGUACGAAAGGGCACCAUUGGCCUGAAGAUCUUGAGAAGAAAACUGCAGAAAGCGAAAUCUAUGGGCACGUAGGGCUUGCAUCCUGCUCAUAGUAGAACCACUAGUUAAUAGCUAAUUGACCGUUUUUGUCUUUGGAAUCCCAUACCUGGAAUACCUGAAUCUGGAUAACCUGCUUUGUUUAAGCAAGUUAAAUGUAAAUUUCAGCAACUAACUUUUUUUUUUUGUUAUCG